AACUUUCCAUGCACUUGCUUUCAUCUCCUACUGCAACUUCAGCUAAAAUGAAGACGUGGUUUCGGUCGUAUGACAGCUCUUGAUGGAGAGUUCUAGAGAACUCUUACUUGAGAAUCGAGUCGGUCAACCAGUGUCAAAGGUUAAGCGUAUCCUUACUCAUCAGCGAUUUGGCAUGGAGCCCUAAAGGCAGACAUGAAUCCUUUGUUAUGUCCAACAUGGUUCUAGGUCUAAAUGGGGAGCAGGAAAUGUAUUUGUUUUCUGCAAUUGAAUAGUGCUUGUUUUUUUCUUCCAGAUUAUAAGCAAAUUAAAAAUCUCUUUGUUAAGUGUUUACUUGUUGCUUAGAUCAAUAGAUACAUCCGUCAAAUUUAAAUUACCCUUGAUGACAGUUCCACCACUGAUUUGGAAAUCGUUCUCCUUGCCCAGAGUAUGUGAAACUAGAUUAAAUUACAGAAUUAAGAAAUAAAAGGAAGCGAAUAGUGUUCACUACCAGGUGCCAAAUUCUAAAUUUUGGUAUUUUGGUUGGAUUUCUUUGUCGAUGGUGUGAUGGCCGAUGGUUAUAACCUGUUGCUGGUGCUGUGAACCUGCUGCCAUUUUGACGUUGUCGUUUUCGCUCGAGUAAGCAGCUUUUAAGGGUACCAUUUACAAAGCGUAUAAUCCCAUUGUGUACUUGACGCUUAGUCUUUUCCGCUUCCAAGAUGGGCUCUGCGAAGUUGAGACUUUUGCGAAAUAUGUUCUCUCGACAAAAUUCAGGUCUUCAAAUACUUCUCCUAUUUAUCGUAAUUAGUUUUGUCUUCUAUAUCGCAGUGUUUAAAAACAUGUUAUUUUUACAAGAGAAGUAUUUUGUAAAUUUAACUGUUGCACAUCGAGGCGUGAGGGAGGCUGAUCAAGGAGAAGAAUCCAGGAAGAAGCUGAUAUUGCUUUACACGUCUUUUUUUGGACAAAAGUGGGCGAAUGAUCAUUCCUUAGGACCCAAUCGUUCGCCCUUUGAAGAGGGACACACGACUUUUAUGAAUUGCGAGGUUUCUAGUUGUCUGGUGACGUAUAACAGGAGUAGGAUAUUAGAAGCGGAUGCUGUUGGUUUUCACGCACGCGACAUGCCUGAAUUUCUUCCAAGUCGCAUGUCUUCGGAACAGAUAUGGUUCUAUUUUGUUCUGGAAAAUCCGCUGCACGUGCCCAUGGAUGCUCAUGGGUUUGCUGGUGUUUUUAACUGGACGAUGUCUUACAGCCGAGACUCAGAGGUUUAUACACCCUACGGAAAGUAUAUAACUUUAGAGAAGCCCUCUGAAAAAUAUCUCACAGGUAAUGAAACAGCUGGAAAGAGUAAACAAGUUGCUUGGUUGGUCAGUAACUGCCAGGCAACUGAACGAUAUCUCUACGUCAUGGAAUUACAAAACUACAUCCACGUUUCCAUAUAUGGAUUAUGCGGCCGGUUACGUUGUCCUCGGAAACGUCGUUGGCCUGUCUGCAAUGCGUUGCUAAAGCAACACAAGUUUUACUUGGCGUUCGAAAACGGUAACUGUCCUGAUUACAUGACUGAAAAAUAUUGGGAAAACGCGAUUGACAAUGAUAUUAUACCCAUCGUUAUGGGGGGAGCCAAUUACAAGGAACUCGCUAUUCCAUAUUCCUACAUUGAUGUUCAAGAUUUUGAUUCUCCCAAACAUCUUGCUGACUAUUUGCUUUACCUCGAUGCAAAUGACACCGCGUACAGCGAAUACUUUGCUUGGAAGAAAUUUCAUAAACGUGUAGCGACGAACCGUGCUUGUGUACUGUGUAAUCAACUUCACAACCAAACUCUGUACGCCUUUCCAAGGGUUUACAAAGAUAUGAGGACAUUUUGGGACAAAAAUCACUGCAAAGAACUUGAUUUGGUUAAGGGGAAUUCAUAGCGUAUUAAGUGAACCACACCUAUUAAGACAAGGCUUCGUCAUCCGAUAUGUAGAGGUGAUGGUCAGUGCCGCUUAUAGUACACAGGUUCACAAUUUGGAUCGAUACGGGGCUCAAAACAAUUUCCUUAUAUUUUACAGCUCAUCAUUUGAUAACCAUGAUUUUCCGUUUGCUACACCGACAACGCCAUCAUAAACUUUCGUUUCAAAUACUAGGCAUUUCUCAAAUGCAAGAAUUUUUCAUAGUAACAUCACAAGCUCCUAGAAACAGCCCUAAUUCAUUUUCAAGUGUCCUGAACGAAACCGAAUUAAAGUCACUUUAAGAUCGAAUAUGAAGACCCAUCUUUCUGCAAAGCUUGCAAAAACCUGCACUGUUGUUCAUGGCCACCUGUUCUGUAAUUGAAAAACUAGAAUGGCUCCAAACAUACAGGACAAAUCAGUUUUAUGAUAAAUUGAGAGAAAGAUGACUUUUGAAGAAAAUGAACGAGAAACCGGUGAGGUAAAUAUC